AAAACAAACAAAAAUAAAUUGAAAAGCUGCUCUUACCAUUCUAACAAAUCGCUCUCUCGCCUCAAAGCCAACUUAUAAAACCCGCUCUCUUGCACCGCUUGCGGGCACCCUAUAACUCGCUAGUAACAAUUUAGCGGAUUGGUCAAGAGAAUUGGUCAACUUAAACUUAUUUUUCAAAAGAAACUAUGCAAACGAAAAAAUAAAAUUUUAUCUUUACUAUGCAAACGAUUAAGUUGGAAAAAUUUAAAAUUAUAAAGAAUAUUUAUUAGGAAAAAGUAAACAGAAAAAAAACUUGUUCGAAAAAAUUCGAACGGAGACUCGUUUGAAUAUCUUUUUUCUUCCCCUUUCUGUUUUGCUUUUUCAUUUUAGUUUUGUUUUUUGUAUGAAUUAUUUUUUUCUUUUUUGAUAUUGUCCGUGGUUUUGCCACGAGCCGUGAGCGUGCCAAAUAGAUUUGUGUUUAUUUGUUUGUUGUUUUGUUUACCAGUUCGCGUUCUACCAAUAAUCGCACUUGCGACGUGUAUUGUUUUGUAAAAGUUUGUGCAGUGUCGUCUUCUGUGUUUUUCUGCUUUUUCAACUGUGGAAAAUGAUUAUAAUGAACUCUAUUAUUCUGUUUUUGAUUAUUUUGACAAGUUUUCCUACAUCGUUUGGCAGUGGCUUAAGUGGAGGAUCUCCUGUAUUCUGCGAAAAAGAAGGCGUAGAAGUUGAAGUUCCUUGGAUUUCUUCGGAUCCUUGCAUUAGCUGCAAAUGCCAAGCGAACAAACAAGUGAAAUGUGAUCGGGAAAUUUGUCCCAGCCGUAAAUCUUGUUACCUGUUACUACACGGGCAAGAUCAAGAAAAAAAAUCCUGUUGCGAUGCUUGUAAAGGAUGUUUUUAUAAAGGAAAGCGUUAUGCUAACGAUGAAGAAUGGGUUAACCCUGAAGAUCCUUGUAAGCUUCUGACUUGCCAAGGUGGAAUUGUAACAGAAACCUCUAUCCAAUGUUACACCUCUUGCCGAAACCCCAUACCUCCAGAACCUGGAAAAUGCUGCCCGACGUGUGCAGAUUGCUCCAUCGACAAUUCUAAAACUAAAGAGAUUGAAUUACCCUUACCUCUUACUGAUCCCUGUGUGACGUGUACUUGUAAAGGGAACAGUAGCACUUGUUCGAAAAAGGCAUGUCCUGUGCUUCCUUGUCCUCUAACAAAGCACGUUUUUAAACGGGGCGUGUGUUGUCCUGAAUGCUUUGGUAAUCGUCGACUCUAUAGCAGUGAAGGAAAGUGUUUCCUAGGAACAAGAGAGUUUAGAUCGGGAGAUGAGUUUCAGCAAGAUUCUUGUACUCUUUGUAAAUGCCAUAAUUCCACCAUACAUUGCAGUAGAAAGUCGUGCCCGGCAUUAGAUUGCUGGCCAGAACAUCAAAUCAAAGAUCCUGAAGAUUGUUGCGCUAGAUGUAAAAGUCCCGAAGAAAAGAAGGCUAUUUGCAUGCACGAUGGAAAAGUUCUAGAAGAUGGUUACAGGUGGCAGUUGGAAAAAUGCAAACACUGCAUGUGCAGGGAUGGUCAGGUAGAUUGUGUUGUGGAACCAUGCGAAACUCAAAUUACAUGCCCAGCAGGACACACACUUAAAACACGGCCAGGAGAUUGUUGUCCGUCCUGCGUUGAAGAUGAUGGUGUUUGCACAGUAUUUGGUGAUCCCCACUAUCGAACGUUUGAUGGAAAAAUUUUCAACUAUCAAGGAUCGUGUAAAUAUGUCCUGAGCAAAGAUUGCAUUAACCGAUCAUUUUCCGUUGAAGUUUUAAAUGAAGCUCGCUUCUCCAAGUCAUUCUCGUGGACAAAAUCAGUUACUAUAAAGGUAAAUGGAACGAAAAUAAGGCUCGGUCAAUACAUGAAAAUACAUGUAAAUCACAAGCCUGUAAAAUUACCUUAUAUAGAAUUGGGAGUGUUAACAGUUUUUCAAGAAGAUCGCAAUGUUCUGGUUCGAACUAAUCUUGGUAUGAAAGUUUUGUGGGAUGGCAACAGCUAUUUGGAGGUAUCUGUGCCAUCUUUUUACAAGGACACACUUUGUGGACUGUGCGGAAAUUACAACGGGGAUGAAAAGGAUGACUUUAAAACGAAGAAUGGAAGACUAGUGAGAACUGCCGAAGACUUUGGAAAUUCAUGGAGAGUUGGAAAAAUGAAACGCUGUAUCAUGUCACAACCUACAUCUACAAACACCUCGAGAUACUUGAGUCCUGAUGCUCGUGUAAGAAUCAUUAGAGAAUGUAAUGUCCUCAAAUCAUCUGUAUUCAAACCUUGUCAUAAGACUGUCAGUGCUGUUGACUAUUACAAGUCUUGUUUCUUGGAUGCUGGGGAGUGCCGACCUAGGGACAGAUGCUACUGUCAAUCACUGACGGCAUACGCACGACAGUGUACCCGAGCCGGCUUAGAAUUAGGGAACUGGAGGACAACAACAGGAUGCGAUGGUAUGCGUUGUGGCAACGGUCAGCAGUACAUGAAUUGCGCCCCAACGUGCCGCAGGACGUGCAAAAAGCCAAAAAGAGACAAGUCUUGCAGAAAGCAUUGUCGUCCAGGCUGUUACUGUCCUCCUGGUACAGUGUGGCAUAGAAAGCAAUGCAUACCUGUGGAUGAUUGCCCUUCCUAGAGAAAACAGUCUAUGGCUUCAGACUGCUUCUGUGAAGUAGUUAGUUACGUCAUUUAACUACAAAAUUAGAAACUGAAUCGCUGGACGAGCAACGCCCGAACUCUUCAACAAAAAAACAUAUAUUUUCCUCAGUUUUAUAUUUUAAAUCGAACUGUUUGAGCAGGAAAAUAUGCUAGAUAUCGACUGUAUCUCGAAAUUAUAUGAUGGUAUAGAAACAGAACUGAAAUUUUGUUGCUUUCUCAUCAGUAGCAACGAUGGCAUAAGUAUGAUAGUAUACGAAUUAAUUAUGCGAGAGAACGGAACAAUAUGUCUCACUCUGCGUUUCAUUUGACUUUUUUUCAUACCUGGUCUAAACGUAAUGUUAGCGGAAAUUGAAAAUGCAUUGCUUGGCACUGUUUCAGUACAUCAUGUGUUGUGUUGAUUGAAAAUCGUGUUAAGUUGCACUUAAAAAUGAUUUAAGAAAGCUGUCAAACAUUUAAGUGUGAUUGUCUUUUCAUAUUUAAGUGUAGAAAAAGUGUGCAUUCAUAUUUUCUGUAGGAUGUAAGCCUAACAUCAUAGUUUUACACAACUUACACUCUGUUGUAGUUGUAUCAAUUAAAGAUUCUGCUAAAUUGCAAUUAAAAGUUUUAAAAAAAAUUAACUUUUUAUAUUUAAGUGCAGGAAAAAUUGGAUUUAUAUUUUUUUUGUUGGAAAUAAGCUUUUGCAUUUCACAGUUUAUGCAACUUGCAAACUUUUGUUGCAGUACAGAUAGAAGAUUAUGUUGAGCAGAGAUUUAAAAUAACUGUCAUAAAUUAUUACAAUUAUUAAUAAAUAUACAUAUAUAAUAAAUAUACAAUUAAUAAAUAUACAAUUAUAAUUCUAUAUCAAAGUAUAAAAAAAACUUCGCGUUCAUAUAUAUUUUUUUAGGAAAUGAGCUAUAAUUAAAGUAGUUAGCGAUCGAACUGAAACAGAUUGAAACUUCAAUCUUAAAAUCGAUUGAAGUUUGUAUCAAUGAGAAAUUUAGAAUAACUCUCAAUUAUUAUGUCAUCUUUUUUAAAGUUUAAAAAAAUAAGCGUUAACAUAUAUAUAUAUAUA